UCCACCGCGGCCUCUGAACAGGUGAGGGGCGAAGCGAGCACCAAACCACGCGAUGCUGCGCCUGCGUGCUUGCGGCGGCGCCGCGCCGGCGUUGAUGCCCGCGCUAGUCAGGGCGCGCCUCGUCAGGCCCGCCUCCUCCACAGCAUGUGCCGCCGACCCCAGCGCGGCUUUCCCCUCCUCCGCCCUGGAAGAACUCGCCGCCGAGCGCAAAGGUUUGGCAAGAGUAGUACUAAAGAAGGGCAAGACCCAAAUAUUCCGAGAUGGGAGCCCAAUGGUGUAUAGUGGUGCCAUUGAUAGAAUAAUCGGUCGACCUCCUCCGAAAUCUGGUGAUGUUGUUCUGGUAGCCGAUGGUACAGAGAAACCUAUAGGAUGGGGUCUCUACAACUCUGUGUCCAUGUUUUGCGUUCGGCUGAUGCAGCUAGAAGAAGAGGCAAGAAGAGAUCCCACUUGUGCACUAAAUAUGGAAAGACUGCUUGAAGCAAGAAUUUCAUCUGCUGUAGAUCUGCGGCGCAGUUUAGGUUUCCCUUCAGCUAACACAAAUGUGUAUCGCCUCAUCAACAGCGAAGGGGACAGAUUGUCUGGUCUGAUAGUGGAUAUUUUUGCUGAUGCUGCUGUGAUUGCUUCAUCUGCUGCUUGGGUUGAGAAAUAUAGGCAAGAAAUCCAGUUUCUUGUUAGCAAAGUUAAUGGCGUCAACCAUAUAAAGUGGAGGUCAUCAGCGGAUAUUUUGAAAGAAGAAGGAUAUGAUAUAUCAGAACUAAAGGAGUCUGCUUCUUCUUCAUGCUCAACUGUGAAGUGCAUGGAGAAUGGCAUCGUCUACUUAGUCUCAUUGGAGGGUCAGAAGACAGGGUUUUAUGCAGAUCAACGGGAGAAUCGUCAUUUCAUAUCAUUACUCUCAAAGGACCAAAGGGUCCUUGAUCUUUGCUGCUACAGUGGAGGUUUUGCUCUAAAUGCAGCAAAGGGUGGCGCCGAUAAUGUCAUUGGCGUUGAUUCAUCGGGAUCAGCACUAGACCUUGCCACUGAGAAUAUGAAGCUCAAUGGCCUAAAUCCUGAAAGAAUCUCCUUCAUAAAAGGAGAUGCAACUACAUUCAUGAAAGGAGCUAUCUCAAAAUAUGAGCUGUGGGACUUGGUAAUCCUUGACCCUCCAAAGCUGGCACCUCGAAAGAAGGUGCUGCAAAGUGCAUCCGGUAUGUACAGAAGCUUGAACGCUCUUGCAAUGCAAGUGGUGAAGCCAGGGGGAUUACUCAUGACAUGCUCUUGUUCUGGAGCUAUGACCCAAAGUGGCCUGUUUCUCAAAACUAUUCAGGGUGCUGCAUCAAUGGCCGGCCGAAAGGUUACAGUCUUACGUCAAGCUGGGGCAGCUUGUGAUCAUCCCAUCGACCCUGCUUACCCUGAGGGCCAAUAUCUCAGCAAUUACUUGCUACGAGUGACAUGAAAAAAAAAAUCAAAAGCAGAGGCAAGUUUAUAGCAGCCCGACAAUCCUUCUACUGGUCACUUUGAAGAACUGAAGUUCUGAUUGAUCUCAUAGUUUAGUCAUGCAUGUUAGAUCUAAAAUUAAAUUUAUCAAUCUUGUAACCUUUCAAAAUAUCCUUAGGAAAUAUGUACUGUAGAUCAUUGGUAUCCUUGUGGAGAUUCACAAGUGGUGAUUAAAAUGGAAGAUGCAAAUUUUGUAAAUGGAAUUUCACAACAGUUUUGAAACUGACAUUAUUGAAUAAUGAUGAAUCAUCCAUAAAUUCAUUAA